AUGGCUACCUUGUUGCGCAUCGGAGCAAGGGCUGCCCCGCUCGCCGCGGGCGCCGUGCUCGGCUAUGCCGCGUACACCCUGCACAACAGCAAGCAGCAGCUCCUCAACCCUAUCCGUCUCGACGACUCGCCCUUCCCGACCCCGACGACUCUUCUCCCGGAAGCGAUCCACAUCUCGCCCAGCGGAGUUCCCAGUACGAUCACGCCGCUUGGCUGGGGAACGAACGAGUACCUCACCCUCCUCCCCACCAGCGACAAGAAGACGCUCAAGAACCCCACGCCCCUGCCUCAGCUUGGCGCAACGGCAUUGCGUCAUCUGGUCAUUCAGGAGAAGUACGGCGCGGCCAUUGAUGCUCGAGGUGACCUCUGGAUGUGGGGAACGGACUAUGACCCGUCAGGCGACGAUCUGGCCGAAGUGGCGGCCGCUCCGGGCAAGUUGUUCGCCCUCUCGAAGCGCGGACGGUUGUACGCCGUCUCCGCCGACCGCUCGUUCCAGGAGGGCAACGUCCCGUCCCGCGCGUACUGGAAGCGGCUUGCGUCGCGCGACCCGGGCGUCGACUAUGUCGAGCUGCAGCCCAACGUCCGCCUCGGCUGGGGCGAGAAGUGGACGAGCAUCUCUGUCGGCUCCAACCACCUGCUCGCGCUCACGAACAAGGGACGUACAUUCUCGCUUCCGCUGAACCCGGCCGCGAACUCGCACCGCCAGCUCGGCACCCGCCAAACCUUCCCCGUCCCCGCUACCAUGGCCGAGGCCGUCCGUGACGGCCCCACGCUCCCGCCCGCCUCCGACCCGCGCUUCGAGACCAAGCUCACUGAGAUCCCCGCCCUCAGCGGUAUCCGCAUCGCGCAGAUUGCCGCUUCUGACCGCUCGUCUUUCGUCCGCACCGCCGACGGCAAAGUGCUCGGCUUUGGCGCCAAUGAUUAUGGCCAGAUCGGCCUCGGAAACCGCACCACUGUCGCUACGAUCCCCACCCCCGUUGAGAUCGCAAUCGGCAAGGCGUACCCGGCUGGCACUCGCAUCUCGUGCUCGAACGUCUCGGCGGGCGGUGCGACGACAUUCUUCACGAUCGAGCGCGAGGACGGCAACAAGAAGCUCGUCGACGUCCUCUCGUGCGGUAACGGCCAGAACGGAACGCUCGGAACCGGCAUGUGGUCCUCGGCUUGCUACGAGCCCGCCAAAAUCAAGACCGGCCUCCAGGAGUACUCGGAGGCAACGCAGGAACUCGUCCCGCUCCAGAUUACGUCCAUCUCCGUCUCGCCCUCGAUGAACACGCACGCCUUUGCCGUCCUCGACACGCUCCAGUCUGCCGACCCCAAGGGUAAGAAGCAAAACAUGUUUGGCAAGGACGUCCUCGUCUGGGGAGGUAACAUCGACUACCAGCUCGGCACCGGUAAGCGAUCCUCGAUCGCGACGCCGACGCAUCUCCCGAGUCUGAUCCCUCACGCUAUGGACACGCUCGUCGCCAGUCGAACAGAGCAGAUUGACACGAAGGACUCGCCCGGCGGUCUCAAGCAGAAGCCGAUCCACUUCACCCGUCUCCAGCUCCACCAGACCAAGGCGGAUGCGUAUGACCUCAACGGAAAGCUCAUCAAGAGAGGCGUCCGCGCGGAGGAGACCAUUGUCCCUGGCUACAACUGCUCGGUCUUGUACAACAGAAUCAUUUGA